UUCACUGAUGAUUCAGCGCAAAGUAUUGUUCAAAACAAUUCGAAUGGAACAAAAAGCUGAUUGCCAACUAUUUUUCGGACAUACCAACCGUGUUGAAAAUGAAAUUUUUGAUUCUAUGCGCACUGGCUAGUUAUGCUCUCGCUGAAACCACCAGAGUCAGAGCAACGAUUCAUUGCGGAUUUCAAAAGAGGGUCGGUGUUCCCAUUGUGUCGUUGAUGGAAGAGGAUUUUUCCAGUGUACCUAUCCUCAACUUGUUCGACUCCGAUGACGUCCUUGAUGAAACCACCGUUGAAUACGGGGAACACUUUACAUUAGACGGCGGUGAAAUAGAAAUCUUCAGCACCGAGCCGUAUCUCCAAAUCGUUCACAAAUGCUUUGGAACAGAAAGAACUGAUAUUAUUGAUUUGUCCGAAUUCGAAGCUGAUUCCAACGACAUACUUCAUGUUGGCCACAUUGUGUUAACCCACGAGGGUCAUAAAAUCACUCAAGCUGUCUAAAUUUUUUACAAGUUGUUUUUUGUGUUCUUUUCUAAUUUGCCCUAAAUAUUCAACCCGACAUGCAGAAGGAAAUACAAUUGCGCUGUAUAUUGCACAAUGAAUUGUCUUAUCAAAAGUUCUUAUCGUAAAACAGUAAAUUCCAUUGUCUAA